AUGACGAAUCUCCGGGUUCUCUGUCGAGAUCAACCUCAACGUACAAUUGCGCUGGUCUCGUCAGAACAUGCCCUGGUGUUCCACUACACAUCAACAGAUACCAGUGCGAAGGACAGCCCACGCUGUCAAGUUGAGUUCUCGGACUUGGGGGCAGUGGACCUAAAAGGCUAUAGGCCGUUGGGGUAUGGAUAUGGUACCCUCGGCCUUGUGACUCUCAACGAAGAUGUGUUUGUCUGCGUCGUCACCAGCUCCUCCCAAGCUGCCGCCGUGAGACCAGGAGAAACCGUGUCAAGAAUUGACAAUGUAGGCUUCUAUUGUCUCAAUCGUUCAGAAUACGAGUACGGCCUAGACUAUGAGACCGGUUCUCAAUUCGCCGCCGAGGAGGGACUCAGCACAGACGGAAAGGAUGUGGUAACUGACCAUCCUUUUCUGGCAUUGAAGAAGCUCCUUGGAGAUGGAAGUUUCUAUUACAGCCUCGAUUUUAACCUCACAGAUCGCCUACAGGACCGGGCCAAUAAAUCUGUGGCAUUUGACAUCGACACUCUCGAUGAAGAUAUGCUGUGGAAUUCUUACAUGAUCAGUCCGCUUCUCUUGUUCCGGAGCCACUUGCCGCCGUCCGAUAAGGCCAAAUUAGAUGCAUCACAGAUGUUGACCUGUGUUAUCCGUGGAUUUGCCAGUACACUUAAAGUACCAGCGACAGUUCCAAUCCUUCCUCAUGUGCGGACAAACUUCCCUUCGAUGUUGACAAUCAUCUCCCGACAAGCUUCUCGGCGUGCUGGUACGAGGUUUAACUCGAGAGGCAUUGACGAUGAUGGGAAUGUUGCCAAUUUUGUGGAAACUGAGACUAUUCUGUGGGUUUCACCGGGAAUCGUAUUUUCGUACGUUCAAGUCCGAGGCUCGGUGCCUAUUUUCUGGGAACAGGCCCCAGGCCUCAUUCCAGGCCAGCAGAAGAUCGAGGUCACGCGGUCGAGCGACGCAACACAGCACGCAUUUAACAAACACUUUGAAUCCCUGGUAUUGGCGUAUGGCGCGGUACAUGUGGUAAAUCUGCUAAGUGAACUGAAGCCCGGGGAAGCAGAGUUGUCGUCCAAGUUUCGACGGCACAUCAGCAAGAGCUCAACCCGGCAGAAUGAAGGUGACGGAACUUCUUCGCGUCGGAGCCUCUUGCGAAUUACCGAAUAUGAUUUCCUUGCUGAGACCAGAGGUCCUUCGGGAUACGAAGCCAGCUCCCAGAUCAAACAUGAGCUUAUCAACUCAUUAGACCAGUUUUCCUACUUUUUGUCGGAAGAUUCACGCCGUCCUAACAAAACUCCAUACGAUAGCGAUGAUACAGUGAACAGCUCUUCGGUAAUUUUACAACAAGAUGGUGUUUUUCGAACCAAUUGCCUGGAUUGCCUGGACAGAACAAACCUCGUUCAGACCAUUAUCAGUUUGAUGGCUUUGGAGUCAUUCUUAUCGCAGCAAGGUGGUCAGGUCAGCUCAGACAUGCAGGUCCGGCAUUCGACCAUCUGGGCUGAUAAUGGUGAUGCUCUUUCGAAGAUCUAUGCCGGAACCGGCGCCCUCAAAUCCUCUUUCACUCGACACGGAAAGAUGUCACUUGCGGGUGCCUUUGCAGAUGCGCGGAAGAGUGCCACUCGCCUUUAUGUCAACAAUUUUACAGACAAGGCCAGACAGAGGACGAUUGAUCUUCUCUUGGGCAGGCUAACAAAUCAACUCCCUGUAUACCUCUACGACCCGAUCAAUGAUUUGGUCAUGGAGGAAUUGAACCGUCGAGCUCCAGAAUAUUCUUCACGCAAACGAGUCCGGUUCUGGGUUGGCAGUUUCAACGUAAAUGGACGCGAUGAAGGCCCAGGUACUGAUCUCACUCCAUGGCUCUUCCCAGAGUCAGAUGAGUCCGACGAAGACCCGGCAAUCUUUGUUGUCGGAUUCCAAGAAAUUGUCGCCCUAAGCCCUCAACAAAUUAUGUCCACCGAUCCAAGUACCCGCAAGACUGGCCUCUCUGGCGUGGCCGGCAACAAGGGCGGCUGCGCUGUGCGUUUCGACUUCUCCAACACGAGUGUCUGUUUCGUUACCGCCCAUCUCGCUGCCGGGUUUGCAAACUACGAUGAGAGAAACAGGGACUAUGAGAUCAUCGACCAAGGGCUGAGGUUUCAAAAGAACCGGUCAAUUGCUGAUCAUGACGCAGUGAUCUGGCUGGGUGAUUUCAACUAUCGAAUUGGAUUGGAUAACCCAAGCGUAAGAGAGCUCAUCUUGCAGCGAGACUAUCAAAGGUUAUACGACAACGAUCAAUUGAAUCUACAGAUGGUAGCGGGGAGGGUGUUCCAGUUCUAUUCAGAGGGCCCAAUUGAGUUCCCGCCGACUUAUAAGUACGACGUUGGAGGAGACAAUUAUGAUACAUCCGAGAAAGCGCGGAUCCCUGCAUGGUGUGACCGAAUCUUGUGGAGAGGAAGCAACCUGCGGCAGACAAACUACCAAACUGCGGAUUUGAAAGUGUCUGACCAUCGCCCAGUCUGGGCAACCUUCGAUUGUGCCAUUGAUAUCGUCGAUCAUGCAUUGAAAGAAAGUCUUAGGCGAUCUAUAUACGAGGAGAAACAAGGUCAUGGUCACACUUCUCUUGCAGACUCCGUUUCUCUAUUGGACAUGGACGAUGACGAAAGCCCACAUAUCUCUAUCGCACCGGGGCUCCCACCGGCAAGCUCUGACAGAAGUCGAUGGUGGCUAGAUAAUGGCGCAUCAGUAAAAGCAACAGUGCAACCACCAAAGCAAGGGUAUAUCCCAAAUCCCGAACGCAAAUCCAAUCCGUUUUCUGCAGAUGUCGAUUGGGUACCAAGUCCAGGCUCGAUAAAGAACAGAAACACCGACCCUGUUCAAGAUACGAGGAAGAAGCCCAUGCUACCUCCGCGACGUGACACUUUUGAGUCACCGACAGGAUCUUCAUCAUCUCGGGAAGUUGGGACGGGAAAAAUCCGUCCGGCUGUUCCUCGCAAACCGCUAUCGCUAAGUUCUCAGGCAAAAACUGCGACAGUAUCACCUGGUCAACCCACACCAUUGCAGGAUAGUCCAGGGAGUGGCGGCACCGGUAUGGGCUCUACGGAUCUUCUCGGCGACUCGGCCAGUGACCAGAUUGAGUGGAAAUCGCUUCUUCAAUGA